AAUUUAUAGCAUCUUAUGGACUUUUUUGGUGGCCACACAAGUUCAAUUAAUUGGUUUGCUCAGCUUCCCUUCAUUUUUGCAGAGUUCAGGUUUCUUAAAAGGUUGAUACUUGUCCAUGGGCGUUACUCAUACAACCGGACAGCAUUUCUCUCCCAGUAUUCCUUCUACAAGUCUCUAGUGAUAUGUUUUAUCCAGAUCUUCUUCUCUUUUAUCUCAGGUGUCUCUGGAACCAGCCUUUUCAAUUCCGUCAGUCUGAUGGCUUAUAAUGUUUUCUACACCAGUGUCCCAGUGCUAGUCAGUGUCCUUGACAAAGAUCUUAGUGAAAGAACAGUUGUGCAACACCCACAAAUUCUCUUUUAUUGCCAAGCAGGAAGGAUUUUGAAUCCAAGCACAUUUGCUGGAUGGUUUGGGAGGUCUCUUUUCCAUGCACUUGUCGUGUUUUUAAUUACCAUACAUGCUUAUUCCGAUCAGAAAAGUGAGAUGGAAGAGUUGUCAAUGGUGGCACUCUCUGGAUGUAUCUGGUUACAGGCUUUCGUUGUGGCGCUAGAGACCAAUUCCUUCACAAUACUGCAGCAUCUUGCAAUUUGGGGGAAUUUGGUUUUCUUCUAUGUUAUAAACUUGAUUGUCAGUGGCCUGCCAUCAGCUGGGAUGUACACGAUCAUGUUCCGACUAUGCAGACAACCAUCUUACUGGAUAACCAUGUUUUUGACAGUGGCAGUGGGGAUGGGCCCUGUGCUGGCUCUAAAAUACUUCAGAUACACAUACAGAUCAAGUGCAAUCAAUAUUCUUCAGCAGGCAGAACGCAUGGGUGUGCCCAUUUUGUCUCUGAGUAAUAUGGAGCUACAGCCUAGGUCUCUAAUCAAAGAUGUUGCACCUUUGUCUAUAACUCCACCCAAAAUUCGGAAUCCUGUGUGUGAGCCUUUACUUUCCAAUUCACCAACCGCAACCAGAAGGUCUAUAGGAUCGACAACUCCAUUUGAGAUCUUCCAGUCAUCGCCAUCCAGAUUGUCAUCUUCAGGCUAUUCGAGAAAUUCCCUUUCAGUUUUGCAGCGGAAAGCUAGUCAGGACAAGCAUUGAACGGCCUAGCGUUUGUCUACAAAACUGCUCCAAGCAAUGAUCAAGGUGCAGACUUGACACCAAGUGGAUUUGUGAACAAGAACCUGAUAGAGAUGGUCGAUUCUGAGCCCGAGCUCCCGAUUGUAAAGAGCUUCCACACUGUCUUCGAAAAGAAAUGAACAUUUUUUUGUGAUCAGGUUAGCUUCAAUAAGAAUUGGGCAACUGCAUAAUGAAGCACAACCCAACCCCCUAACCCAAAAGAAAAAUAUAUUUGAUUAUACUUUGGCUGUUCACUGCCAGGGAAAUAACUUAACCAUAUAUAUAUAUAUAUAUAUAUACUCUCUUUCCACUCCUA